AUGACUGAAGUUGAGCCCAAGUCAGUACUCUACUGUGGUGUAUGCAGCUUUCCUCCUGAGUUCUGUGAAUUUGGAGGCUCGUUCAAGAGAUGUAAGGAGUGGUUGGAGCAAAACGAUAAAGAGUUGUAUGAAAAACUUUAUAGUGAAGAUGCUUUAGCAAAUGCCACAUCGACCUUGUCGAUAGACAAAGAGCAAAAAAUAGCCAAGGAAUUAGAGAAGAAACAGGCAAAGGAAGAAGCCAAGCAAGAGAGAGAGUUGAAGAAACAAUUAGCGUCAAAAGUCACUAUAAAGAGAAUCGAAAGGAACAAGAGAAAGCAUGUAAUUGCCAUUUCUGGUUUGGAGGUGUUUGAUAUCGACAUGAAGAAGUUGUCCAAGACGUUUGCCUCCAAGUUUGCCACUGGUGCUUCUGUCACAAAGAACGCUGAAAAGAAAGAUGAAAUAAUAGUGCAAGGCGAUGUCAGCGAUGAGGCGAGAGCGUACAUUGAGAAAUUGCUUGAAGAAAAGGGUUUGAACGAAGUCAAGGUUGAGCAGAUUGACGACAAGAAGAAGAAGAAAGCAGCCGAGGCCGCUGAGGCCGCCGCUGCCGCUACAGGUAAUAAAAAAUAG